AUGGCUAAGUCUCUAUCAUCCCUGGGUCGAGCCGCCUUUGCUGCGCUUGGUUUUAUUAUUGGUUUUUCUAGUACGAUAGUCACCGCCGAUGCCACGGCAGCUGGUCCUGGGAGCGUAUUGGUACCUUCGAUUCCCAGUCCCAUCGCUCAAUCUAAUAACUACACCGUCAAGGUCCGCUCAGGGGGCGACAAGCAAUGGCGGUCAGUCGAUCUGUACUGGACCAGGGUCAUGGUUGCUAAUGUGACGACUGGUGCUGGAAUAUAUCAUAACUCAUCUGUGGGAAUAUUCGACUUUGACGGUGUUGUCGAUAUCAGCAUUGAACCCAGCCGGGAUCUUUUCCCCUCGAUUGACUCUGUUAGGAUCCGACCCUUGUCUUAUGACAUUCCCUGGACGCUCAAUGGGCGCACUAUCCUGCUUACACUCUCGGAGCCUACGAACCUGGUUGUGGAAGUCAAUGGUGAUGUCUUCCAGGUUCUCCACCUCUUUCUCAACAAAAUAGACACGGUUGUCCCUCAGCAGGUGAAGAAUGGAACCGUAACCUCCUUUAGUCCUGGUUAUCAUCAGCUCAACCAGACAUACAAAAUAUCGUCAGAAGAGACUGUGUAUCUGGCUCCAGGAGCCGUGGUCAAGGGAUCGUUCUUAUUCCUCAACGUAGAGAACGCUCGCCUUAUCGGACAUGGUGUUAUCUACGGCAGCAGCCUUAAUGCAGUCAACGUGAGUUUUUCCAACAACAUCCUCGUCGACGGCCCUACCGUUCUCAGCCCCUUGCACGCAUCCGUCGGGGUCGGCUCUAGCCACGAUAUCCUCAUCCGCAACUUUCGGGUCAUCAGCUCCGGCCAGUGGGGCGAUGGCAUCGACACGUGGUGCAGCCAAAAUAUCACUUACGAAAAGCUGUUCAUGCGAACGGGGGAUGAUUCCUUGGCUUUCUAUCUUUCGUCAUCGCCCUACAGUGGCGACAGUCAGAAUAUCACCAUCCGGGACUCGUCCGUUUGGGCAGAUGUGGCACAUCCCCUCAAUGUUGGCGGCUUUGGAGGAAACGAAACCAUGUCUGACCUGACAUUCGACAACAUCGAUAUUCUAGAUCAACACGAGCCGCAGAUCUACUAUCAGGGUUGCAUGGCAAUGAGUACUAGCAAUGGCAAUAUUGUGAAAAACGUGCUCUUCAGCAACAUUCGUGUCGAGAAUUUCCGUCUGGGCAUGCUGUUUAGUUUUAAAGUGGCAUACAACCCCAAGUAUGAUUCCUUCGCCGGUGGAACUUUAUCUAACAUUACGGUGCGGGAUGUCGAAUACAAUGGCUCGGACAGCAAUAUUUCCAUCAUGUCUGGUUAUGACAAGAAUUCACAAAUUGAGUUUGUCAACUUUGAAGGAUUGAGGAUUAAUGGCCAGCUUAUCUGGUCAGGCAUGCAAAAGGCGCCUUGGUAUGCUGUGUCCGAUUAUGUGCCUAUGUGGGUUGACGAUCACGUGGUGAAUGUAACCUGGUCAGAAUAA